AUGGCCGAGCCCGACGAACAACCCUCCAAGCGACGCCGUCGCAGCCGCCGUGCCCCAACCGAUCGCAAAUUCGAGUGCACGCACGAAGGCUGCGGAAAGAGUUAUUCGCGCGCCGAGCACCUGUACCGACACCAGUUGAACCACUCCCCGAAGCAGAUAUUUCACUGCGAUUUCCCAAACUGCCACCGCGCCUUUGUGCGCCAGGACCUUUGCAUCCGCCAUCGCGGGCGCCAUACCACCCGCGGCUCACAACUGCAAAAGCGCGACUCCUUUGCAACUGACAAGCACGAUGACACUACGCUCAUCGCUGCCUCGUCUCCGUCCUCCCCCUCCAUGAACGCCGACUAUGCCUUCAUGACUGGCCCCGCUACAACCUCUAAAUCUCCGCUUAAUACACCCUACCCUCUCUCCACAGGUAUCGAAACAGCAGGCGUGCCCGUGUCCGGAUAUACGGAUUUUUCCGGCGUUCUCAGCCAGGCCAACGGAAUGCUUGAAUUCGACUCCGUGUCAAAUGCAUACCCAAUCUUCGGAGGCGAGACAUACAAUCGAUCACCCUUCGCCAUGGCGGAUGACUUUGCGGCGUGGUUGUUUAGUGAACCUAUGGCGCCGCUGGGCUAUGGCAUGAUGCCCUUGAUGCAGAAUCAUAACCAAUUCUAUGUCAACGAGCCGGCGUAUAAUAAUAUCUGCACCGUUAUUCCGCAGCAUCCGAUGAGCGUGACCAGUAUUCUGGACUCGGGAUCUUUGCCAGCGAUCAUUUCGGAGGAGAAGAGGAAGGAACUGUUGCAUUUGAUGGCUACGCGGUUCAACGAGGCCGCAUAUUCGGCGGAUGCGAAGCGCAAAGAUGCGCUUUUGGAUGGUGAUUUGGAUAGUGAUCGCCAUGUGUUGAGUCUGCGCAUGAUGCAGACGUAUAUCGGGUCGUACUGGUAUAAUUUCCAUGCGCAGUUGCCCAUCCUACACCAGCCCACUUUCGCGGCGGAUCGGACGCCGAACCUCCUGUUGUUGGCUAUCAUAGCCAUUGGGGCGGCGACGUUGGAUAAAAUUCAUGGACAGGCGGCGACUGAGGCGGCGGCGGAGUUGGCGGGUUUUAUUGCGUGGCAUUUGAGAUGGGAGAUCUUUAUGGAUACUGAUUUCAGGCCGCCUGCUCGACUCUGGGUGUUUCAGGCGCUGCUACUACUGGAAGUCUACGAGAAGUCGUUCUCUACGCGUGCCCUGCAUGAGCGCGCACAUAUCCACCACGAUACAACCUUGACAUUGAUGCGCCGGGGCAGCUCGCUAAUCGGUCGGUCGUCGUUUGAUACACCCGAUACCAAGGAAGAGGAUGAGUCGUGGUCGCACUGGAUCAAGGCGGAGGCUACUCGACGCGUCGCAUUCGCUGCGUUCGUGCUGGACUCGACACACGCUAUAAUCUUCGGCCAUUCCGCCAAAAUGGUAGCCCAUGAGCUCCGUCUCCCAUUACCCUGCGACGAAGCCUUGUGGGCAGCAACCAGCGCAGCCGAAGUAGCUCGCGUGCAAUCGAGUCUACAAUCCCAUGGCGUGCGGCCGACCAUGUUCCUAGAUAGUCUCAAGCGGACACUCAACGGGCAACCCGUGCGGACCAAUGCAUUCGGUCGGACUAUUAUAAUGGCUGGUCUGCUGAGUGUCGGUUGGCAUUUGAAUCAGCGAGACUUGCAGGUCAGUUCACUCGGAGUCGGUCAGACUCUUGGUGGUCGCGAUAAAUGGCGCACGGCACUGCUUCGCUCGUAUGAUAACUGGCGCCACGACUUUGACGAGGCAUUGGGUUCGUCCACAUCGAUGGAAUCCGAGUCCCGCGAUGUCUUGCAUCACAUCGCACAUAUUGCGUCUCAUGUCGAUAUCGUCGAUCUUCAGAUCUUUGCUGGCGCUGGUCGUCUUAUGGGUCGCUCCAUCACCGCGCGCGACUACAGUACGGCGCGGGAGAAGACUGAGCGCUGGGCCACCAAGGCCUCGGCGCGCGAUGCCACUUUCUACGCGCUGAGGUUCCUCUCGGCCUGUUUCUUGAAAAUGCCAUCCGUCGACUACGACGCCCGCGACGAUUACCUGUUGAACCGACCGUGGGUAAUCUAUUUCGCCGCGCUGACCGUAUGGACGUACGGGUUCGCGUUGGACGGCCCCCUGCAAGUGCCACCGGUACUGGCGACGCGAGCUGAACAGAGGCACGAUAUGCAGACGUAUCUACGACGAGUCGCGGGAGUCCGCGAACCGAAUGAAUUAGAGGGGAUGAAGGGUCGGAACGAAUGUUUGGGCCUGUUGAUCAUUCUGCGCGACUCGUUUGCGAAUACGCGGUGGGAGCUGCUGGGGGAGGCGUCGCGGCUGCUGGACAGCUGCAUCGUGAAGCUGAGAUCAUAG